CGCGCGUUCCCGGGCAGUCUGCGCGAGGGCCGGGCCCGGCCGGCGGCCCCUCAGUUCCCCGUGCUUCUUUGCUCUACGUCGUCCCGGCUCCCGGGGGAUGCCCCGGACCAGGUUCUCCUCAUGGCUGCUGACGUUUUCAUGUGUUCGCCGCGUCGGCCCCGUAGUCGGGGCCGUUCGGUGCUGCUCAAGCCUCAGGUGCCCGAGGACGACGACGACUCGGACACAGACGAGCCGUCUCCGCCGCCCCCCUCCGGUGUGGCCACUUCAUCCCGGGCCCACGCGAGCGCCGCGCCGCUGCAGCCUCGGGCCGGGCCGGGCCGCGAGGAACCUCCUCGCCGUCAGCAGAUCAUCCACAGCGGCCACUUCAUGGUGUCCUCUCCGCACCGCGAGCACCCGCCCAAGAAGGGCUAUGAUUUCGACACGGUCAACAAGCAGACGUGCCAGACCUAUAGCUUCGGCAAGACCAGCUCCUGCCACUUGUCCAUCGAUGCUUCGCUCACCAAGCUCUUCGAGUGCAUGACCCUGGCCUACAGUGGGAAAUUAGUGUCUCCAAAGUGGAAGAACUUCAAGGGCCUGAAGCUCCAGUGGCGGGACAAGAUCCGGCUCAACAACGCCAUCUGGAGGGCGUGGUAUAUGCAGUAUUUGGAGAAGCGAAAGAAUCCUGUGUGCCACUUUGUCACCCCACUAGAUGGCUCUGUUGAUGUAGAUGAACACCGUAGGCCAGAGGCCAUCACCACAGAGGGCAAAUACUGGAAAAGUCGAAUUGAGAUUGUGAUCCGGGAAUACCACAAGUGGAGAACCUACUUCAAGAAAAGGCUGCAGCAGCACAAGGAUGAGGACCUUUCCAGCCUGGCCCAGGAUGAUGACAUGCUGUAUUGGCAUAAACAUGGGGACGGCUGGAAAACCCCAGUGCCCAUGGAGGAGGACUCACUGCUGGACACAGACAUGCUCAUGUCAGAGUUCAGCGACACCCUUUUCUCCACACUUUCCUCACACCAACCAGUGGCCUGGCCCAACCCACGAGAAAUAGCACAUCUGGGAAAUGCAGACAUGAUCCAACCAGGCCUGAUCCCUUUGCAACCCAACCUGGACUUCAUGGACACCUUUGAACCUUUCCAGGAUCUCUUCUCCUCCAGCCGGUCCAUUUUUGGCUCCGUGUUGCCUCCUCCUACAUCAGUACCUGCCCCAGAUCCUAGCAGCCCACCUUCUCAGGGGAACAUCUUGCCAAAUACAGCUCUCCCUCCUGCGAGCCUGCCCAAUAGCCUCAUUGAAUCUUCUGCAGCCCCCUCCCUGGAUCCCACAGAGAGGCAGGGUUGUGAACGCACGUCUCAACCCGUGGACCCAUUUAUUCAGCCUGCAGACUUUGGUCCCUCUGAGCCACCAUUGAGUGUCCCACAGCCCUUCCUCCCCGUCUUUACUAUGACCUUACUUUCCCCUGGCCCUGCCCCAGCACCUGUUCCAACUGCAUUGCCCUUAGUUCCUCCGCCUGCCACUACUCUGAACCCCCCAACUUCACCAGCUUUCCUGCAGCCACAGAAGUUUGCUGGAGUCAGCAAAUCAACCCCUGUCAUUACUCACACAGCCUCUGCAACCCUGACCCAUGACGCUUCUGCCACCACCUUCAGCCAGAGCCAGGGCCUUGUCAUCACAGCACACCAUCCAGCCCCCUCCUCAUCGCCCUGUGCUCUGGCACUGUCACCUGUACCCCAGCCACCAGCUGUGGGACCCCCUCAACCUCAUUUAACUUUUAUACACCCUAAACCUGUGUCCUUGACUGGAGUGAGACACAAACAGCCCCCCAAAAUAGUGCCUGCUCCCAAACCUGAGCCUGUCUCCUUGGUGUUGAAGAAUGCCUGCAUUGCUCCAGCUGCCUUCUCAGGCCAACCACAAAAGGUGAUCAUGACAUCAGCUCCUCUGAAGAGAGAAGGGAUUCUGGCAUCUACUGUGUCCCCAUCCAAUGUGGUCAUUGCUUCUGCUGCCAUCACCAGGGCUUCUGGAGUCACAGAUUUCCUCAGCCACAGCACGAGCAGCCAGCCUAGCCCUGUCUCUCGGCUCUUUUCUCCAAGUACAGUGCAAGACUCCCUGGUGAAGGGCGAGCAGGUCUCACUGCAUGGGGGUAGUCCCCAGGUCCCUGCCACAGGCUCUAGUCGUGACUGCCCCAACUCAGGCCAAGCUUCUCCGUGCCCGUCAGAACAAAGUCCCAGUCCUCAGUCACCCCAGAACAACUGCUCAGGGAAAUCUACAGACCCCAAAAAUGUGGCUGCAUUAAAGAACCGGCAGAAGCACAUCUCAGCUGAACAGAAAAGGCGUUUCAAUAUUAGGAUGGGCUUUAACACCCUGAAUAGUUUGAUCUCCAAUAAUUCCAAGCAGACCAGCCAUGCCAUCACACUGCAGAAGACCAUGGAGUACAUCACCAAGCUGCAACAGGAGCGGAUGCAGAUGCAAGAGGAGGCCCGGAGAUUGCGGGAGGAAAUUGAGGAGCUUAACACCACCAUCAUCUCCUGCCAACAGCUGCUACCUGCCACAGGAGUCCCUAUCAACUGCCGCCAGUUUGACCACAUGAAAGACAUGUUUGAUGAAUAUGUGAAAAGCAGGAUCCUGCAGAAUUGGAAAUUCUGGAUUUUCAGCAUGAUCAUCAAGCCACUGUUUGAGUCUUUCAAGGGGAUGGUGUCCACCAGCAGCUUGGAGGAGUUCCACCGGACGGCACUUUCCUGGCUGGACCAGCACUGCUCUUUGCCUGUCCUCAGGCCAAUGGUACUGAGUACCCUCCGACAGCUGAGUACCACCACCUCCAUCCUGACAGAUCCAUCCCAGCUGCCAGAGCAAGCAUCAGAGGCCGUUACCAGGAUUGGCAAGAGAUCAGGGGAGUCCUAAGCUUAGUUGGCAUGUGGCUGCAUGAGAUGCCUGGAGAUCCCCCUCAUACCCUUCCUGACACACCGCCUCAGGGCUGCCCUUGACUCCAGUGGCCCAUUGCAGCUGUCAGGAUGCUGUGCUCAGGUCUGAGGCAGGUUUGAGGCCUGCCAACAGCAGUAUCCCAUCUUGGGAACCUUUGCUGUGACCUCCUACUCCGUGACCUCAAUCAUCAGUCUCCCCUGCAUUUGGGGUGGCCCAGACAAAGGGAAACAUCGGCUGUUCCAGUCUUGUCCUCCUGGUGUUGUAUUGGGGUCCAGGGCCAACAAGUGCAAGCCAAGGAGACAAAGCCUGUUGCUGCAGGUGGGAUCAUUCAGGUCCUUCAGAAUUCCUUUCUUGAGACUUCAAGACUUGGCUCCUGUCACAUCUGUAUCUACUUGUGCUCCCCUGGCAACCUCUGCACACUUUUUGCCCUCCGUAGCAGCAGUGAAGUCUCUCCCAUCUCUUGCAACCCCAUCAGCACCUAAUCCUCUGGGUUACUGUUCCAACCUCUGCAGAAAGCAGUGUACCACUUCCCUAGUGUAUUCUAUUGAAGGGGAAAUCUUCUCCACAACCCCUGAGCACACAUGGAAAAUAAUGGACAUGGAGCCCAACUGGACAGGAUGAAGGCACCAGCCAUGCAAAGCUGCUGUGCUGGCUCAGAACCUCCCCAGGCAAUGUCUUGUCUGUGUCUUAGUCCUGUCUGCAUUGCAGUAGCUGUGAUGUUUCAACAUUGCUAGGGCCUCAGCCUGGACCCUCUAAGGCCUCACAGUUGGGGCGCUUCUGUGCCUGUUCUCCACCCACUUCUACUCUGCAGUUGUGGGAGAGGCAUAUGCACUCCUGGGAUGGUGUCACCCUUGGUUUUAACAUUCAAAGGUCACACUCCAUGAUGCUGCUGUCAUCCUGGUCUUUUAUCUGAAGUUUAGCUGGAGGUCCAAACCAAGACAGUUCAGACCAAAGAUGUCAUCAUACUUAAGUCUGUCUCUUCUUGUAUGAGGAGGAAGAAACAAAAUGCUGUCAAGACAAGAUGUCGAGGAGUCAGCCUUGAAGCUAUCUUCAGGCUAGCUGGUGAAGUGCUGUGCUUAGAUUUGAACCAGUGGCGUUUGGAGGGUGACAGGUGUCUGAAGAUUCUAGUGUCCCAAUGUGUGUUACAGAUGGUAGAGACAUGGAAAGGUUAGGGGAAGGGGGGACUUGACCCUCGUCCUUCUCUUCGCUGCCUCUGAGAUGCCGCAGGUGGUGAGGUACUCUGCAGCACUCAGGGAGCCCGGUAAAGGGCGCCUCCCGGAAGAAUGUGCUUUUUUUGUCCUGCUGUGACACCUAGAGCAGGCAGCAGGCUUUUUCUUGGACUCUGUCCUCCUGGCCUUGCCUCACCAUGCUGCCUGUCCUGAGAAGACCACGUGAAGAGGGGAGCCCAGGAUGUCCCCAUUUGGAAGCUCCUGCUGAUGCCUAAGCCUGCCCUGGACUAGGUAGUUGGAGGACAAAGAAAGGGUAGGGGCUGCCGGCCAUGUCAGCAUUUAUGCUGCAAGCCGUUAACCAAUUGCUUGCACCAUUGUCUAAUUUCUGUCCUGUAUGGGAAUAGCUUGGUGGCCCUCCUCAGCCGUCCUGCAAAACAUGUUUACAGGUUGAGGGAAGAAUACAAGGCAUAUAGGCUGGACCUUGGCAUUUCCACCAGGCACCCCUUCUUUUCCCAAGGACAAAGUGAAAUUGUCCUUUAGAAGGUGAAGGCCACUGUGGUAAGAAGGAAAAACUAAACCGCUGCUGUGAGGGUCUCGAGAAGCCCAGCCCUUCCUCCUCCCAUGCCACAUGACACAGGCCACAGCAUGGCUGUGCAGGGCUUUUGGUUCUCUCCUCCCCUUGUAGGGGAGUAACCUUGUUUUUAAAACUCUAUGGGGUAUAAGAUUGGCCUUUUGCUUCUCUGGCCUACCUCUUCUUUUUGCUGAGUUAAUUUCAUCCUGUUUCCUCAGAUGUUUAAGGCUGUUGUUAGUUUGUGUGAAACUGGGGUGACAGAGGGAGGGAGGGAUGGGUGGGAGAGAGAGAAAAAGUGUGUGUGUGUGUGUGUGUGUGUGUGUGUGUGUGUGCAGACUUUAUUAGGUGCAUGUUUGUUUUGUUUUUGACCCCAUUUCCUCUCUCUUGGUGCUCACCUUUGCCGUGGCUACGAGGCCAUAGCGCUUUAAAGUCUCCUCCAGGAGUGAUUAUUUCUGCCUUGGAGAUUUUCUUAUUUUGAAAUCUUGCCUGAUGAACCUGUCCAAUCAGAGGGUCCUGGCCCUGACUUCUGUCCUGGACGCCAAGGUCAGCAUUUGGGAAUAGCCAAGGCCAUUCUGCUUGGGGUCUCGAGACCUCUGGGCGCUGACCACACUGUUCAGCUGGGGUUUGUUUACAGUUAUUUUCAUUCCCAUUCCUGUCCCCACUCACACAGAAGAAAUUUCAAAAUGUUGGCACUUUGGCGAAUAAGAAUAUCGGCCAAAAAGGAGAAACCACAAAGCCACCUGGGAAAUCUCUGCAAGUGUUUCUGUGAAAUCUGAACAAGCCAUCAGCACAUCUUCUGCCUGUUCUUUCACUAUGAGUGGGAACUGCAGAGGCAGGGUAGCUUUGGCUAAAGUGCUUCCUCAAAGUUAUCAGAAGGUUAUGCACCAGCUGUUACCCUCAGAAGCCAAGGCUAGGAUUGCUCCAGUGGUUUCACACAGCACAGGGGAAGCACGACAGCUUCAGGACUUGAUGUUGACAUACUGGGUCUUGAAGUGGCUGGAAGUGGUCAGCCAGCACGAAUUCUCAUGUGGCCUAAUCAUGAACCCUGGAUCUUGUCUGUGUGCUGUCACUUAUGCCCCCUCCCCCAGACAUACCUAGAGAUGUGUCCUCUAGGGUUCUAUGCCCUAAGAAUGAUGUCCACUUAGAUUCUUAGGGGACGUGGCAUGCAUUUUCUGGUAGAGUUCAGUGGCAGGUGGCACCACACCUGCCAGUGGCCAGCAACCCCUCUUGGAUGUGUUGGGAUACUGUGGCUGCUGGGUCACCUGGCUUCAGGGGUCAGCUCCUUUCACCUCCUGGCUCUUGUCUUCCUUCCAAUGUCAGAAAUCCCUUUCUGUUCAUCCUAACCUGGUUCCUCAAGGGUCUCUGUCUCACUUAAGAGAACAUGGGUAUAUGUGGGCCUCUCACUUUUCUUUUCUGGGAGGUAGACAUGUCCUCUUUCUAGAUGAACAGAUACAGGGCACAGUUGAAGCCACCACUGUGCAUGGAACUUGUUUUUCUCCGUGCCAUCUGUAGUCUUGUUGGCAAGGUGUGUAGACAGUGAUACAGGAACAGUCACCUAGAAUGUUUGUAUUUCAGAGAAGUACAACUUUGGGCUUAGCCCCUUGGUGUCCUGUUUCUGAGGACGAGUCCUGGGUCUGUGCAAGUGUAAGAGGACACCAGCAGUUGUGUUGCUGUGGAAGAGUGUGAAGGCACAGAGUGUGAAGCAUGUGGGGAAUGUGUCCCUUCAGCACACACCUCGGCCAGGAUCUCCUCAGCAGGUUUUGCGAUCUUAAGGACAGCAGGUGGGAGACAGCAGGAGUGUGAGAAGAGCCUUAGGAAAUAGCCCCCACCCCGUGCCACUUCAAAUAAGGGCAAGAGCAGGUCAAGCUACCAGCUCCUUCUAAGGAAUGGGCCUCUGUUCCCUAGAUAGGGCGUCUGCUUGUCAGAGCUUGUAAGGUUCAACCUUCGGGAAAGAAAAGGGAACUUUCCACAGUGAAUGUUAGCGUGUGUGUGCAUGCGCACUUGCUCAAGCCUGUGUGUGUGUGCAUGCGUGUGUUUACUUGGUGGAAUUUUAUUUUUGUAAAAUUCCUUUCCAGUUAUUUAGUAGAAUUCACCUAUAUCUCCCUGUCAAACUUUGGUUCCACCGUUAUAGCUCCGGGCAUAGUGAAUUUGGAGCUCGUUUGAGAUUCCUGAACAGGAUCUGGCAUCUUGAACACUGAGACUGUGGAAGGCGGGAGACGCUGAUUAUAUAUCUAUUUCCUAGUUUACAUCCUGCAGGUUCAAAGGUCUCAUGGCCUCAGCUAGGCUAUGUCCCUCUUGGGGGAGUCCAGUACCCCUCCCCCUAGGCACCUUGUCACCUGAAUCUUCACCCCAUGAAGGGAAAGCAGGCUUAUUUGCUUGCUCUGUAGCGCCCCAGCAUGUUCUCCUUCACGUUCUUCAAGUUUCAGCUUCCGUGCACAGGCUAAGUGUAUGUUGUGUGCUUUGGUGAUGGUAUAGGGCACCUUUGAGGAGGCAGCUAUUCCUGGGGUAGGGUGGGUUUCACUUCUACCAGAGAUCCCUGGGGCUGCUCCCCUGAGCGUGGUCCUCCUGAAGCCUGCUGUUGACAAGCACGUUUCCACCAGCUGUACCCAACACUACAAUGCAUUUUUAAAACUAUAUUUGCAUCUAAGACAAUAAAAUCUUAUUUUUUUUUUUGGAAA